CUCUGUAUUACAGUUUUCUAAAAGGAAAAACAAUUUAAAAAUUAAUUAAGUUUAAAAUUGAUUAGAAACUUUAAAAUUUUCAAAAAAAAAUAAUAUUUUUAAAAUUUAAGUAAUUUAUUAUGUAAUCAUAAUAAAAUAAAUUUUUAGUUAAAGAAUAUUUUGUUCUAAUGCAAUCAGACAAGUGAAUAAAAUUGCAACGAUUUCAAAAAGUUAAAAAUAAUAAUAAUAACAAACAAGGAAGAGUUUUACGUUAUAUUUCCAAAUAGGGUGAUAUAAAAUGUAUUUGGAAUGCCUCCAAAUAAAAUAACCGGAGUAAAAAAGGAAAAACAAAGAAGAGAUAAAAACGAUUAUGGAGAAAAUUUCAUUGCUCCAGAUGGAGGCUGGGGUUGGCUAGUUUGUUUGGCAGCUGGUAUAUCCAAUCUUUCUAUUUUUCCUGGAGUUCAAGUAUUUGGUUUGAUUUAUCGAGAUAAAUUGAUGUCAUUGAAUUUUACAAACUCGCAAAUCACAACGAUUAUGAAUUCACAAAAUGCCACCUCCUCUGGAACAGGUCUUCUUAAUGGUCCUAUGUUUAGAAGAUUAACAUUUCGACAGGUUGGAAUACUUGGAGCACUAUUUGUUUCAUUAGGUUUAUUUCUAAGUUCCUUCGCUGAAACAUUUACGGCUUAUAUGAUAUGUUAUUCAAUAAUUUUUGGAUUCGGAUCCGGUAUAAUAGUGUCGGCAAGUUCACUUGCACUUAAUACGUAUUUCAAAGAGAAACGAAGAAGAGCUGCCAGUUUUACAUGGACAAUAACAGGUUUAGGACCAUUCAUUUUUCCUCAUAUCGUUACAGCAAUUUUGCCAAUUCUGGGAUUUAAAGGUACUGUUUGGUUAUUUACUGGAAUAUCUAUGCAUGCGCUAGCUUGUGCCUUAAUAUAUCAACCUGUCAAAUGGCAUACAAAAAAUACCAUUGAUCAAAAAAUGCCAAUAAUAAAUGAAAUUACCGAUGAUAAUACUAAUUUAUGCCGUUACUGCCAAAUAAAGUUACAACUAUCUAACCGUAAAAAUUCUAAAAUCUUUUCAAGUCAACUAUUGUAUUCAAAUGAAAAUUCAAAGUUAACUGAAUUUGAAAUUAGUACAUCUGAUAUUGCAAUGAUGGCUAGAGCCAAUGAUGGAUAUUAUGGAUCAAGAAGCUCGCUAAAUCAACUGAAAAAAUUUGGGACUGUUAAAAAUUUGCAAGCGCAAUUUAAAGAUGAAUUUGGUAAUGAAGGCUCCAAAAUUUAUCAACAAGAAAAAGAAAUUCAACGUUCUGUUAGUAGCAUAAAUUUGGGAGCGCUGCAUUGUACCUGCAAUAAUUCGAGAAAAUUCAUUGAAAACAAAGUAAUAUUAGAAGAUGAAGAAAAUCAAUCAGUAGAAAUGGAAGACCAAAAAACUUUAAAAUGGUAUGAAAAGGUUGUCGCAUUCUUUGACUUGGGUCUAUUUAAAGAUUUGACAUUUGUUAAUUUAAUGAUGGGAAUGACAUUAUCAACUUUUGCUGAUUUUAAUUUUACUGUAUUAAUGCCAUUUUUCUUGGCAGAUUUUGGAUUUUCAAAAGAUCAAAUUGCUAUAUUAAUGUCUAUGAUUGGUGGUUCUGAUAUUGUAAUGCGGUUUGCAGUACCAUUUCUUGUGGAAAACAUUAAAUGGGAUAAUAGAAUAUUUUUUAUAAUUGCUGUAAGUGGCAUGACAAUUGGAAGAAUAGCUUUAGCUCAUAAACCGCCCUAUGGAGUAGCAAUAUUUUUAUUUUUAUGGAUUGGAGCGUUCAAAGGUUUACGAACUAUAUUUUUAGCUCUUAUUAUACCAAGUCAUGUUCCGUUGAAAAGGCUGCCGGCAGCUUCUGGAUUACAACUUUUGACCUCUGGUAUCUUUACAUUAUCUUGUGGACCUAUUGUAGGGAUAAUUCGAGAUAAAACGAAUUACACACUUACGUUACAUUUCUUAAAUUUAAUUUCGUCAACAACAGUAUUUUCUUGGACAAUCGAAUUGAUUUACAGUUGGUAUAAAAAAAGAAAUGAACAAAAAGACACAGAAGUGCCUCGAACUGAAUUAUAAAUCUGUUAAAGAAAGCAAAAGCGUUUACUACACUAAAUUUUGAAAUUGAUAAUCUUAUGAUUUUAUUUUUCUUGUGAUAUGUUAAGUGAUAUUAAACGUAUUGUUUUGGUUCCUAAGGUGGGGGCAAAAGAAUUAUUCUGUUUAAAUAGAACUCUGGAUUUAAAAUUUUCA